AUGUCUUCUCUUGUUGACGACGACGAGGCUCUCUUUGACGAUAUCUAUGACGACGACAAGCCCAAGGAGCAAGAAGCAGCCUCCGAGGAGAAGCCCGAAGCUAUCGGGGAUAAAGCUGAGGAAAAGCCUGAGGCCAGUAGCGCCGAAACUAAAACGCCAGACGAAGCCUCAAAAGCUCCUGAAGCCUCCAAAGCUCCCGAAGCUCCUGAAGCUCCCGAAGCUCAGCAAUCCUCUGAAUCUUUUGGCACCCCGCCAUUGCAGCAGACCCAGCCACUGGCUCCACCCCAGUACGGCCAGGGUGCAUAUGCUGGCCAAUACCAGAACCAGUACCAAAACCAGGGCCAAAACCCUUACCAGAACCAGUACCAGAACCAAGGUCAAAACCCCUACCAAGGCCAGGCUCAAGCCCCAGCCCAGCCAGAACGGUCUGGUGUUAAGGCUGACUACCUUAAGGAGGCUGGUAAGAUGUUCGUUGGUGGUCUGAACUGGGAAACGACCGAGGAAACGCUACGCUCCUACUUCUCAGAAUACGGAGAUAUCACCGAAUUGACCAUCAUGAAGGACAACGCAACCGGAAGGUCACGUGGAUUUGCCUUUCUGAGUUUCGCAGAUCCAGCUAGUGUUAAGAAGGUGCUUGCCAAACAACAUAUCGUUGACGGAAAGCUCAUUGACCCAAAACUUGCUAUUCCUAAGGACGAGCAGGACAAAACCGGCAAGAUUUUCGUCGGAGGAAUUUCACCAGAAGUGACAGAGGAGGAUUUUGUGACGUUCUUCAAGCAGUUCGGUAAUAUCAUAGAUGCCCAGUUGAUGUUGGAGAAGGAAACCGGAAAGUCUCGUGGAUUCGGGUUCAUUACGUACGAUUCCCCUGACGCCGUUGACAAGGCCAGUGAAACCCGGUUCGUCGCCUUCAAGGGCCGCAACAUGGAGAUUAAACGUGCGGAGACGAGAUCACAGCACAACAUGAAUAAGUCGCAACAGGGUUACAAUACAGGGUAUCAGCAGAUGCCGCAAUAUGGCGCCGCACCAGGCAUGACCCCGGAGAUGGUCAGUCAGUACUGGCAAAUGCAGCAGAUGCAAUACUGGAUGCAGAUGCAGCAGAUGCAACAAGGUGGCCAGAUAAGCCAGCAGGGUUACCAGAAUGAGGGCCAAAAUACGCAGUAUAGCGGUUAUAGUGGUUCUGGAACACCGCAGGAGCAGGAGGAGGUGCCCAAUCCUCAAGAGCAAGUGGAUAGAUUCCCUUCAGGGCCGCGGGGCGGUUUUGGCAAUGGAAGCCGUGAUAGUCGUGACGGCCGUGAGAGUCGUGAUAGUCGUGAGAGUCGUGAUUACCGUGACAAUCGUGACUAUCGUGAUGAUGAUUCGCGUAUUCCCAGAGGACCAAGAAAUAGGGGCCAUAGCGGAAGAGGUCGUGGCGGUAGGCGCGGCGGUUAUCAUCCGUACAACAGGUGA